AUGGAAGAGGAUGUGGUGAAAACUGAAGAGGAAGAAUUCAGUACUGGGCCUUUGAAUAUUUUGAUGAUGAGCGUGAAGAACAACACGCAGGUGCUGAUAAACUGCCGGAACAACAGGAAGCUUCUUGGCCGUGUGAGGGCAUUUGACAGGCAUUGCAAUAUGGUACUUGAGAACGUUAGGGAGCUUUGGACUGAGGUGCCUAAGACGGGAAAAGGCAAGAGCAAAGCCAUGGAAGUGAACAAGGACAGGUUCAUCAGCAAGAUGUUCCUCCGUGGGGAUUCUGUGAUCAUUGUUCUUCGCAAUCCCCAGUGA